AACUUGACUCUCUCGCUCCGGACCGAGCUCCGUCUUUCAGUUUUGCUUGUUUUCUCUCCUGGUUUUAAAGCUUUGAACUGUUUUUAAUCGUUUGUUGGGGACCGUGUCGUCAAGACUCGGGGAAGGGAGGACUUGUGGAGGUUUUCUUCGCCAGCAACAGUUGAAGAGCAGCGGCGGCGGCGGCGGCGGCGGAGGGGGGGCGGGAGAGAUGACCAGCUGAGGACUGGAAAUCUUGAAAAAAACAAAACCUAGGGCCUGUUUCUGUAAUGAUUGAUCAAUGCUGCCACAAUGGCGUUAAAGGCACAGGUUUUAUAUGACUUCACUGCUGAGCCUGGAAACAAUGAACUGACAGUGAAAGAAGGCGAGACAGUCACUAUCACCAAUCAGAAUAUUGGAGGCGGUUGGAUUGAAGCACAGAACUCAAGAGGAGAGGUUGGACUGGUGCCUGAAGAUUACAUUGAGCUCAAUAAGGAAUUUCCUGCAUUCCCAGGAGCAGGAACGACAGCCCCUUUUUCAAAUACAGGAAACGUUGCAUAUCCAGACCUUUCUGUCUUUGAUACAUUUGCACCUGCAUCAACACCUGCACAAAACCAGGUGGACUCUGGGGGUUUGAGUCCCGUGCCAGACACCCCUGACACCCCAGUUUCCCCUUUCUUCCCGUCCCCCGAGGAGGCUAGCAAUGGUAACGAUCCCUGGUCAGCGUGGAAUGCAGACCCUUCGGGGGGCUCCAACAACAACUGGGCGUCUAAUCCAGAGGGCACUCAGACAGGGACGAGUGCUGCUGACCCCUGGGGCUCUGUAUCACAGGGUCACCCUCAGGCUUACCAAGGACCAGGGGCCGAGCUCGACGAGUGGGACGAUGAAUGGGAUGACAUGAAGUCAACUAGCGGCUACGCAGAAUCCGAAUCUGGGGAUGCUGGUGGAAUACAAAGAGGAGGAAUGCAUGCUUCUUCAAUGAAAAUAUCCCUCAAUAAAUUUCCAGGAUUCUCCAAGUCUGGUCCUGAGCUCUACCUUCUCUGCAAACAGAUUGCAAAAGGGAAAGACAAGCUGCCAAUAUAUGUGGGCGAGGUUGGUCCAGUGUGGUCUUACCCAGAAACCCAGAUAGACUGCAUCGUAGCUGAUCCCAAAAAAGGGUCCAAGAUGUAUGGCCUGAAGAGCUACAUAGAGUACCAAAUCACACCCAAUACAACAAACCGGCCUGUCAAUCAUAGAUACAAGCACUUUGAUUGGCUCUAUGAGAGACUUCUGGACAAAUUUGGGUCAGCCAUUCCCAUCCCCUCUUUACCAGACAAGCAGGUGACAGGCCGUUUCGAGGAGGAGUUUAUUAAGAUGCGCAUGGAGCGGUUGCAGGGUUGGAUGUCCAGGAUGUGCAGACACCCUGUAGUUUCUGGCAGCGAAGUGUUUCAACUUUUCCUCACGUACAAAGAUGAAAAGGACUGGAAGAUGGGUAAGAGAAAAGCGGAGAAAGACGAGACAGUCGGCGUGAUGAUCUUCUCCACAAUCGAGCCUGAAGCUGCAGACCUGGAUCCUUUAGAAGUGGAGCAGAAAUGCGAGCAGUUCAGUAAGUUUACCAAAGCCAUGGACGACAGCGUGAAGGAAGUCCUCACUGUGGGAAACGAGCAUUGGAAGAGAUGCACAGGACCUCUGCCAAAGGAAUACCAGAGAAUAGGAAAAGCCUUUCAGAACCUCUCCUCUGUCUUCACCAGCAGUGGAUACCAAGGUGAGUCGACUUUAACUGAUGCCCUGACAGCGGCGGGGAAGACGUACGAGGAGAUUGCCCAGAUGGUGGCGGAGCAGCCAAAGAAAGAUCUUCACUUCCUCAUGGAGACCAACAAUGAAUAUAAGGGCCUUCUUGGAUGCUUCCCAGAUACCAUUGGGGUCCAUAAGGCAGCGAUAGACAAGGUGAAGGAGGGGGACAAGCUAGUGGCUGCCAACAAAAUUACCACUCAGGACAAAGUAACCAUGGCGAAACGUCUCAGCACCAUGUCUUACACAUUACAAGCUGAGAUGAAUCACUUCCAUAACAACCGUAUCUACGACUACAACAGGGUCAUGCAGCAGUAUCUAGAGGAGCAAGUCAAGUUUUACGAGACGAUUGCUGCAAAGUUGAGACAAGCUCACGGUCAGUUCGCUACAAUGUGAGAGCAGUCUCACACUACUAGACACAAAGUUAAACCAGAUCCUGGCCAAAACGCUUUUGCUCGCUUUGCAUCCUUUAUGCUCGUUAUAAUUUAAAUUUCACUUCUGCAUUUUUUUGUACUUGGAUCCCUUCUCUACUUUUACUGCCCAUGCUAACAGUUCCAGCUUGUUUUGUUGCUUCAAUGUUUAGGUUUUUAGGAUAAGCAGUUCUGACGGAUAGAAUACGACACACAACUUACGUAAGCCUUUCCCUCUGUCCAAGGUCCACAGCUUGUAACACAGGAUGUCAACGUCCUAGCUGCACUUUGAGCAAUCAUGAAUUCUUUCAUUGCAUGAGUUAAACACCACUGACAACUUUGCAAUCUGCAGUCAUACAUUGACGUUCUAACUACAAAAACCAAAAUUGUUCUCUACUUUCACAAUCACAUAUAAAAGCUUUACUGCAUAUUUCUCAGCCAACAGCAGGUGUAUUUAAUUUUUUGCUUCUGCUGCAUGUAAACCUUCAUCAGCUUUGUUAGCUAAAACAAAGGUGCAGGAAAGCCAAAGGCAGAUUGUACAUCCUCUACGUUUCCACUGCUGGCAGUGCCUUACUCGAUUUCAUCCUGAGCUUCCUCAAAAGCUAACAGGAAACUCCACCUUCUUCCUGCUUUGCACACAUUUUUUUUUUUUUUUACUCUUCCAGAUACUAGACAUGCUGUUUGGACCUUACUUUUAUGCCUCACUUCACACUCUGUCAAGAAACAAAAUGUGCAUUGAGAAAAAUAAAAACAAAGGUGUGGUUCAUUAUUCUUUUAAAUUCUUCUUUAAUUAUUGAAGUGUAAGUCAUGUUUCAGUCUUCUGAUGUUGCAAAAUGAUUUCUCUGUUCAACUGUAGCUCUGAAGAGAAUGUGUCCUCAUUUGAAGAGAUUAUAUCACGUAUAGAGUUUCUUUGCUUUUCACGGUCAAGUUUUCAAUCAGCUUCUAAUCUAAACUUGUUCACUCUUUGUACUUUUGUCACAUCAUGUUAUGUAAACAUACAUAAAUAUAUAUAUAUCUAUAUAUAUAUUUGACCUGUCAGGUGCUUCUUGUCAUUAUAUUUUAUGUAUAGAAGUAUUUGCUACUUAGUGUCAUUAAAAGCAUAGCGAAAUUUGUUUGAUUUAUUAAACAAUGAUUUGUAUUCAUA